ACGGAGGUGGAGGGAUCCAGCGGUGGGAUGGAGAGAGCAGCCUGUCAUGUGAGCCGCUCUGUGGCCUUAGAGGUCGACAUCCAGAGGUUCCGCCGGGAGAACGAGGAGCAUGACGAGAUUCUCGAGCAGCGCCACCAGACAUUGAAGAGUCUCAGACAGCGCAAAGAUGAGUUGCACGUGCUGAAGAAGAAAAUGCAGAAAGUACACACACGCUGUGAUAACUUUUUGAAGGUAGAAGAGGUUGAACAACUUGUUGAGGAAGCAGAGAAGGAGAGGAGAGAGGGCCUUCAGCUGGACGCAGAGCUAGAGAAGCUGAAGCUGGUGCGUGUCGAGGUGAUGGAGAAGAAACAGGAGCAAGAGCGCCAGAUACAACAACACACCGUAAUCAAGGCCGUCAUGGAGCAGGCAUGCAGGAUGAGUAGGUUUAAAAACAGACAGGAGCUCGCGGAUCAUAUACAUAAUCUUCUCCACAUUCAAGAUGAUUUACAGGAGAGGGAGAAAAAAGCGUACGAGCAGGUCGACCAGCUGAGAGAAUCACUGCUGACACUGGAGGACAAUGUUCGUCUGCAGCGGCUGCAGAAGAACCUACUGCUGUCCCGGCUCCAAACCAAGUUAGAUGAGACGCACGCUGAAGCGAAACACUGGGAAAGCAAGUGGAACAACAUUCAGGAAACAGCUGCAAAGAAAACAAUCACGCUGGGACAGAUUAAGAUGGCGACCCUUAGCCUCUAUGAAAUGACAGGUGACAGGGUAGAAGGAGACGGAGCUGUGGAUAAGAAUGACACAGUGAAACAGCUUGAUAAGGUCAUGAUGUUCAUGCAGGACCACGAGGACAUACUUAAACAAUAUGAAACCGCCCAACAGAAGCAUGAUGGACAGGAAAAAGACAAGCCAAAGUCCCAAAAAGAAGAAGCAAAAAGGGCACAUGAAUAAUCUAGUAGUUGUUCUGAUGUAAAACUUGAAGACAAUGAACUUAAAUAAACUUAAGACACUGAAGCAAUCAACAACUUUCAUUCAUUUAGCUCUUCUUUGUUAUUAACAUGGCUUGAUU